UAUGAUACAAAUUUAUACCAUUAUAAAAAUUAAAAAUCUAUAAGGAUAGAAACUGAUAAAAAAAUAAGACUCUGAUGGUGCAAAUGGUUCCCAUGUAACAUUAGAGAUUUAAUAAUAAGAUGAAAAUAUGCCGUAAAAAUUUCUCUAUCUAUAAAUAAUAGAUUGUUAUUAAAAAAUCCUAUACAAUAAAAUGAGGAUUAGAAAAAUCCAGAAAAACUCUAAAACAAUAAUUUUGCCCAACAGGAUUAGCAAGAAAAAAAAGAAAAUGAAAAAAAAGAAAAUAAAAAAAACGAAUUUAAAAAUAAAUUAGAAAGUAUUGAAAAAUAAUGUAAAUACUUUCCAAUGAUUGAAAAAAUAGAAGAUAUAAAAGUAUAUAAUGUUAUCUUAUAUUAAGAUUUUAUUAUAAAAUUAUGAAACUAAAUAUGAUGAAGACUUAUAAAAAUUUCAAUAAAAUUUUGAAUAUCUUUAUGCUAAUAGUUAAGAGAAUUAAUAAAAGGUUAGAGAAAUCAUUAUAAAACUUUAUGAAAAUACUAGUUAAAAAAGAUAAGUGGAUGGUGAAUUCAAAUAUUAUGUCAGAUAAAUUUAAGGUAAAUAGGAACUAAAAAAGAACUAUAAUUUAGAUUUUUAACAUUCCGUUUUAUUAGAUAAACAUUGCAAUGCAUUUAGAGAGGUAAGAGGAGAUGGUAAUUGUUUUUAUACAGCAUUUGGAUAUUAAUUUUUAUAAAUUUUACUAUUUCAUUAUUCUUUUGAUUAAUUCAUUUAGUUUAUAGAAAAACUUAAAUAAAUUCAGUUAUCAAUGAAGAUAUUUGUAGAGGAUAUAGAUUUUAAGAUUGAUGAUAAAGAAACAGAAAAGUUACUAUUGCAAGAUUUUCUUAACAGAUUAAUUAAAUUAAAAUACAUUAAAGAUAUCAAUUAAAGAUAAUAAAUUUUUUAAAAAUAAUAUUCUACCUAUGAAUAUGAAUCAGAUGAAAUUGAUAGUUGUUUAUAUGGUUUAUCGACUAUAUUCUUUAGAAAUUAUUCAGAUUAUAUUAUUGAAAAUAGUGAGAUAAAAGAAGCAAUUUUUGAUAAAUAAAAUCUAUUACUAUGGGAAAUGGAAUGUAAUAGUAAUGAAACUGUUAUUGCAGAAUUAGCAAGAAAUUUGAACAUGUAAAUAAUUAUUUUUUAUUUAUCUAAGAUUUGUGGAACUAAUUUUUUUUAAGGAUAAAGGGUGUAAUAUUCGUUAAUAUGGAAAUAGAGAAAAUUACAAAAUUAUAUUAUUAAUUAAACCUGGCCAUUAUAAUAUUGGAUUAUUAUAAAAAGAAACAUAAAUUGAUCAUUUAAUUUAGAAAUAUCACACAAUCCAUUAAGAAUUAAAGGAUGAUAAUAAUUAUUAAUAAUAAAUUGAAGAAUCAACAAGUUUACAAAUAAUUGUCAGAAAUUUAUAAGACUAAUUCUAAAAGGGAAAAUUACCAGAAAUAGAAGUGUAGUAACUAAAAGUAGGAUUAAAAUGA